AAUUAAAUUUAAUUUAAAAUUGUGCAAACUUUUUACAUAAUUAUUAACCAGGAUUAAAAUGUGCGAUAAUUUUAAUGGUAAACGCGUGUUGGUCACCGGCGCCGGUAGAGGCAUUGGGAGAGAAAUAGUGAAACAAUUAGUGGCUGCAAACGCACGGGUAGUCGCUUUAAGUAAAACCCAGAGUAACCUCGAUUCGUUAAAAGCCGAGUACCCAUCAGUUGAGACCAUAUGCUGUGAUCUAUCAAAAUGGGAUGAGACUACCGGUGCCGUCGAGAAGGCGGGUGCUAUUGAUUUACUCGUUAAUAACGCCGCGUUCGCCGCCUUAACCCCAUUGGGCGCUAUCGAUGAGGCGAUUAUCGAUCGACACUUUGCCGUAAACAUAAAAUCGGUGAUCAACAUCACCCAGGUGGUCGCACAGGGCAUGAAAGCACGUGGUAAAGGCGGCUCUAUUGUAAACCUAUCAUCAGUGGCCGGUAUGAUAGGCAUUAAAGACCACUUGGUAUACGGGGCGACCAAAGCGGCUCUGGACAACAUGACCAAAGUGUGGGCCCUCGAACUUGGCCAACAUAACAUCAGGGUCAAUUCGGUAAAUCCUACGGUGACGUUGACCGAGAUGGGUGAAGUGGGCUGGAGUGACCCCGCCGUGAGAGACCCCUGGCUGGCCCAACACCCCCUCCGUAGGUUUUGUCAGCCCCACGACGUGGCCCACACUGUACUGUACCUGUUGUCCGAUAAGUCCGAUAUGAUUACCGGCGCUAUUCUGCCCAUCGAUGGCGGCCUAACAUGUGUUUAG